AGAAGAGAUGAUAUGAAGGAAUGGAUAGAAAGGCUCGGCAAGUGCGCGCGCCUGCGAAAAUCAAAAUCAAUGUAGUCUGCUCGCGCGGUUCGCUCAGAUUGCCCACGCCCUAGUCCAUCGCGGUCCUCCACAUCCACAACAUUCGGGGUACAUCAUCAGUUGAGACAACUGCGCGAAAGGGGUAGCUUUCUGGAUGACAGCCAAUGUGUGCCAGUAAGAUCCUGCUAAUCGCGCGAUCCAUUCACCGCUCCGUCACGUAACUACUAUUGGAGCUAUUUACAAUAAUUAAUUAAUUAAUCCCUCAUUAUCAUCAUCAUCAUCUUCAGUAAUAAAUUUAAAUUCAAAAAUUACCAAGAAAAAUAAAUAAAAAUAAUUAUAAUUUAAUUGAGAAAAUUAAAUAAUUAAAUUACAGAGAUAAAAUAUCUGUAAUAAAGUUUUAUUUGGUGAUGUAAUAAAUCCGCGAGUGUACUACAAUACAUACAGCACGAGGUAAAUUAUCGGUUCUGGUGCUGGUGGUAAAUAACAUUGGUCCCGUAGCAAGUUGGUGGUUGUUGUAGUAUGUGCCCUAGUGGUGGUGCGUAGCCAGCCAAUCGAAUUGGAGCCAACCCUGAGUCGAAAGAGAUUAACCCAGCAUCCAUCGAGCAUCGCGUCGGAUCGCGGAACGGUCAGCCGCGACCUCGUGACGACCCCACCGUACACACAGAUAGAGGAGAGCUAGAGAAUAGACACAGACAACAGAGUAGAGUCUCAGCACGACCCCGUAGUGGCAGCAGCGUCGUAGGGAGUAAGAGGUGAACCCUGUGAGAGCAUCCAGGAGAAAACCGCACCCUCGUGAGCAGCUUCACGGACAGUAAAGCCAGUUGUACGUAAGUACAGUUGGUCAGUGGGAGUGAGCGUAAGGCGCCAGUUAACGUGUCACAACAUUACAUUCAAUCCGGUGGAUUGGAGUGAUGGGACACUCUGCUUCGACACCAGGCUAAUAAUUCAUCACUGUCUUCCUCAGCACAGUGUCUCUACAGAGACUUAUCGUCCACCGGGUCUCAGUCAACACUCCAGAUUAAACUUGGGGGGAUAUCAUCUCCAUGCAGGCUUCAAUCAAGAUUUUAUUUAUUGGGGAUCAUAUUUUGACAUAAUCUUCAGAGUAUUUUUGUUAUUAUGUAACGAGCCACCAGUUAAUCGGUCUUUAUCUGUGCGGACUCGACGAUUGUCCUGCGCUUCUGUGUGUACUCCCUCCAUGAGAUAAUCCUGGACGACGUGUGUCCGAUGUAUACAAUUUUUAUAUCUUCGUAUUUUAAUAUUAGGACUUAUUGUAAAAAAAUAGUAAAAAAUUGUUAUUGUAAGUGCGAUGGGGUUGUGCCGGAGACGGUAUCGACGAAGAUCUAGACAUCGUAGAGGCCACAUUUAUCAGACGACUAAUUUUGAAGAAUCAAACUCACCUUACCUGUACCUUUUAGUUCGGAAUAACAGAGGGCAGUAUGCGAUGCGCGGUUAACGGAGGUCCAGACGCGUUGUCGCGUCAACGCAACAUGUAUCACCGUGCAGUAUCAUCCUCAUCAUCAUCAUCAUCAUCAUCAUCAUUGUCAUCAGCUCGAGCCCCAGCAAGGACAUCAGCAGAAGCAGAAGCAACAAGAGCACCAGUCGCUCAUAUACUUCAACAUCGAUGUUGGGGUUUACAAUGUCCACUGGAAGGAUCAUUUCACUUUUGACGGAAAUUUCAGUACGUGGACUAUCUGGCUGUUCUCGGUCAGUGAAUCAGAGUUACUACAUCGGAGCUUUAUAGUUUUAGGCUUCUGGUGGAAGUCCUUCACCAGAAGAAAGAGUCUGGAUGAAAGAAGAAGAAGAAGAAGAAGAAGAAGAAGAAAAAAUAGAAGAGAGUUUAGUGUGAAAGGAAGAGAAAUGUGUCGGAGCGCAAGUGAUAUGGUAUAAAGGCUUUUGUAGGUGUAGGUAUUGGUAUUGGUGUAGGUACCGUACAUCGCACAUAGAUAUUAUAUAGACAUGUAUAUUGUAUUAUAUAUUAUAUAGCAAAGUAGGAAAAGUAGAGGGACGAAAGGGGAUGAUUGAAAGAGAGGAUUCGAGGGGUGAUUUUCUCUCUCAGUUUUUAUCUGACACGACUUUGCCCAGUGGUAUUGGUAUCUGGAGCCGUGCCGUGGUUCUCAGUGUAGGUAUAGGGGGUCGAUUGCGUUUUGGCGAGAUACAGGAAGGGCGCUUUAGAGAGUACAGAAAGAGUACAGUAUUAUAUGAUGAUAUGAGGGUAGUUGUUGGUAGUACUAGUGCUGGUAUCUGUGGUGGUGCUGUUACUGCUGCUGGUGCUCUGGUUAUAGUAUUAGUAUUAGUAUUAGUCGAGUCGAGGAGUAAAGUUGAUGGUAGUAUACCCCAGUAUUGAGAGUUCCAGGCGAUGGGAUAUACGGGCAUGCGUACAGAUCCAGUGACUCUCUCGCGCGCUUAAAUCCUCGGUUACUGGAGCACCGUCUGCUCCUGUGGCUCGCAUUAUUCAAUGGCCUGCCGGGUGAGCAAGUCGACUACUCUCGAGUAAUUACAUCAGUGCCAAUUUGAUUGGAUGAUCACGAGAACGAGGACAAGAUCCGUAGGAUGUAGUUGACGUUGCUCGUCCCUCCGGAGAGAACGCGAGCGAGCGUUGCAGAGGGUGGCGAGUUUGAUAGAAAAGUAACAAGUAGAAGCAAGAAAUACUGAGGAUAGGGGAUAAACAGGAAGAAAAAGUCGGAGAACGCUGUUGGAAGUUAUAGAAGGGUGGAUUAGGCACUUUUCGGAAUUUUUGGAGGGUGCCGAAUGCGUUGUAUGCAGCGCCCUUGUAUCCUCGACGGUUCUGUUCACUUGACGAUCCACUGGAGGGUGAAACUACUCUGAGAACUUUUACGCCGACGGUAUUAACGUCGGCGAGAAUUAACUGUUACAGAGAGCCGUGGAAACGUUUGUUGGAACUGAACCGAGAUUUAAGGGAAGAAAUAAUUAAAAAAAUACAAUAAAAUAGAAGAAGAAAUAUUAAGAGAAGAGAAAGAGAGAUUGAGCGGGUUUUAAACGCUCAUAAGUGACGAAAUGAACGUAACUGAGGCGUUAUUAAUAGAAAAUGAAUGCAAUUUAACCGGCACUUCUAACAGCAGUGAGCAUAAGUACGAAAUUUGGGAAAAAGUUGUUAUGACAUCGAUAGCGCUGUCGCUCAGUCUGCUUACUGUUAUCGGGAAUAGCAUGGUAAUGAUAUCAUUUAAAAUUGACAAGCAGUUGCAGACAAUAUCAAACCACUUUUUGUUCAGUCUCGCUGUUGCUGAUUUCGCAAUAGGGCUUAUUUCAAUGCCACUGUUUACCAUUUACACUUUGCUCGGGUACUGGCCACUUGGGCCUCACGUUUGUGACACCUGGCUGGCCCUCGAUUAUCUCGCCAGCAACGCGUCGGUACUCAAUCUUCUCAUCAUCAGCUUCGACCGGUACUUUUCGGUCACCAGACCUCUCACCUACCGGGCCAAGAGGACUCCUCACAAGGCUGGUGUUAUGAUCGCUGGCGCAUGGGGAAUAUCAGUGUUACUCUGGCCACCUUGGAUUUACGCGUGGCCCUAUAUCGAGGGCAAGAGAACAGUACCAGAGACAAUGUGUUAUAUUCAGUUCAUCGAGACAAAUCAUUACAUUACCUUUGGCACGGCUAUUGCCGCAUUUUACGUGCCCGUCAGCGUAAUGAUAUUUCUGUACUGGCGAAUAUGGCGCGAAACGGAGAAGAGGAAAAAGGACCUGACGAAUCUGCAAGAGGGAAAGCAGGAUGCCAGCAAAAGGAGCAACUCAAGUGACGAGGCGUUAGACAUGGACGGAUACAGACGCGGUCGCAGUGAAUCCAGCACUGGCGCUCAUGAAAUCGGCCACGCUAAUCUCACCAUGUCUUAUCUCGAGAAGCAUUAUCCUGACUACAAAAAUAAGCAUCGACCAUUUUCGUGGACGUCUCUGAAGAUGUGGUGUGUUGCGUGGUGGCACAGCGGUCGCGACGACGAUGACGACGACGAUGAGGUCGGUGGGACAGACGUCAGCAGCAGGACUGUGCAUCCCGGGUGCGAGGACACCUUGACGCCGGUCUCUGCUGAAACUCCGUUCACCGACGGGCAAACUCUUGAUGGAAUGUCCGCGAGCACGCAGUUGACGAGCGAGCAUCAAGAUUACCGAAGAUCACAGACAUCUAGUCAACUUAGUAAAGAUGUUUCUGGGGAUAAAGUGUUUACAAUUGUGAUAAAUGUGAUGCCAAAUGAGCCAGGUAGAAUACGUCUGUACGACGACAUGAUGUUUCACGUUCCGCAAACGAGCACUGGAGCUGGGGAGGACAGUGUCAGUAGGACAAGUCGCCGCGUCGAUUCUCUGUCAAAUCAAUCGACGACGAUGAUACGUCGUCCAUCCCAGAUGCCGGAUGUCAGGUUACCUCUCAACACCAAGAAUGCUAACAAAGCUGGGGCUGCUAAAGGUAUUGUCACCAAACAGCCAAACAAAAAGAAAAAGAGUCGCGCGCAGGACAAAAAGGCCGCUAAAACGUUGUCGGCUAUUUUAGCGGCGUUUGUAAUUACCUGGACGCCGUACAACAUUCUCGUGCUGCUGAAGCCCCUUACUAAGGCGUGUGUCGUCGAGAUUCCUGAAGAACUUUGGUCUUUUUUUUACUAUCUCUGCUACAUCAACAGCACUGUUAAUCCAAUGUGUUACGCCCUGUGCAAUGCCACUUUCAGACGAACUUACGUUAGGAUUCUCAAGUGCAAGUGGCAAAAUAGAAACAGAGGCGCCGGCAGAGCCUAUUGUCCUUCCUAAGCGUGCAUUUAUUAAUCAAUCCAAUUUAUUAAUCAAUCAAUCAAUCAAUUUAUCGGUCGGGUAUUUUUCAUAAAUGCUGGAUAUUCGUUUUAAGUCGAACCGGACUCAUCGCUACCCGUGAUUUUAUUUUUAACUUAUAACGCGUUGAGUAUAGGUAUAUUUCUUCUUUUAACUUUAAAAAAUUAUGAUGGAUUUUUUUAAUA